CCUACACCGCCUAUGAACAACUGAUAUCCUCCAUAAGACAUUCGCCUUCCCUCGAAUUUUCAAUUACUGAAGCCUCGGAAUACAACUUCAAGCAUCAAGAAAAUUUAGCCAAGCCAUCGCCAUGGACGAUGCCCAGAGUCCUCCACCACCCUACCCAUCGACUCUCAGUCAUUCAUCUCACCAUGUCACUCCUACUCCCAGAACUCCAUACUCCAACACCCGACGGGAUAACAGGAGAAGUGCCAUUCGCGUAGCAUUCUGGCCCGCACGCGAAGGCGGUGGACCAAACGACCAUGUGGUAUACUCUCAAGAAGACUCCCAAUUACAGGAGGGACAUGGUGACGACGAUUCUAUAGAAGAGGAUGAGCUUUUAGAAGGCGAGCGCUCAGAUGGUGGUGUACGUCUUCCAAACGCAUACAUCGAGAAUAACGAAGACGCACGCGGUGUCGAGAUCGAAAGACGAAACGGCCUUGAGCCGCACGGCACCCUUGACAAGACGAUUGAACUCAGAGAAGGCGAGACUGACAUUCUACGCGUUGAAAACGGAACAUCACCGGCUAGACAACCACAUCCAUUCGCACUAUGUGCUCGCACGCUACUGAAGUUGCCUUGUCGCCAAAAGAAACGAACCUGGUCAAUGUGCAUCAGACACCUUCUCAACAUGAACUCCGGUUUCUGUCCCGGCCCUGUCGCUAUAUGUCGUGCCGAAACCAAGCCUCUCUACUCGACUCAAGAAGAUCAACACAAGUAUCCACACUGCGGUAUUUCGGUCAGGUUAUCUUACCCCCAACUAUACUAUCAAGGUUGGCCGACAUACCAAGGACGUUCAUGUUCCUUUAUACUUAAAUCACAUCUCCCAGAUAGCGCAAACUACGGGGCUGGAAGGCGUGGGUGUCUGAUUAGUUGGGAGUACGAGUGUGUAUGGGCUGGAGCCACGGACGAUGAUGAAUGGGGAAAGCACAUGAGACGCCACUUUGAAGAUGAGGGGUACUGGGUUUGUGAGAUUGAAAACAACAAAAGAUACAUGAUGGAUAAAGGGGAUUGUAAGGCAAGGAAGUGCAAGGCGGUGCAUAGCUGAGGUGGGGUCAUAUUGCACCACUUUAUCAAGAGAGAUCAUGAAGGGAAGGGGCAUGUCACUAGGGGAGGCUGGAUUGCUUGUCGCAUAUAUACGUUUAAAUCUUAACAAGUAAGCAAUUGCUAAGGCAAUGUAUGCUUUUA